AUGCCCGGCCCUCACAACCACCACCACCACCCCCAACUGCAUGCGCUGCACACCUCGCCAUGGCCGCCGUCGCAGCAGCCGUCAGACAAACCGCUGCCGACGCUGCCCUCGCUCCCCUCGCCGACCCUCACCAACCCCGACCACAUCCUGCCCAGCGGCCUGCCGACUGUCUCAUCCCCUCCGCGAGUCACCCGGGGUCCGCCCAGUCCCAGCUACUUGCGCGACAGUGGAGGUGAAAGCCCCAGCCCCAAGGCCGCCAUGGGCCGCAAGGAAAAGCUCGGCCUCAUGUCCCGCAAGAUGAUGUUGCUGCGGAGUCGCACUGCCAGCGGGGGAGCUCCCAAUGGUGGUAGCAUCACGCGCGGUUCGCCAUCGCAAGGCUCAAUCGACGCCGACUUCAUCCCCUCGUCGCCGAUUCUGCAGGACGUAGGCAAUCUCGCGCCAGAACAGCCCGACUAUCUCCAACCGCCCGACAUGGACCGUCGCAGUAACAGUGGAGGAAGCUCGUCCAGUGACAUUUCUGGCAUGACCAAUUUCCUGGCCAAGUAUGGCAAACCCGACGGCGCGAGCGACGAUGAAACAGAGAAUGGGGAGAGUUCGGCACCGGCAAGAUAUGAGAACAGCGCAGAGGAGCACGACGCAGAAGCCGAUCGCAGGAGGCAGGAAGAGUACAACUCGGCCGUGUUGAGCAAACGAGCAGAGCAGAUUUUGGCCAACGCGAAGAUACGUCUGAAUGUUAUGGAGGGAAAUCUGCGCGGUGCUCGAGAUCUGGUUGCGCCGUUGACAGCUGCCAACUUGAAACGUGCGACAUCUCUUGGGUCGGCAAGCUUCUCGCCUGCGUAUUCACACGGUCGUCGGUAUGCGUCGAAUGGGUACGAUUACAAUGGCGAGGAUCAGCAGUCUGCGAGGAGGCUUCAGACUCAGAACAGCUCACCGACGAUGGGUCGCGACUAUCAAGGCCACUCGAGAGGGUUCAGUGAGACUGAGAUUCCUGAACGGCCGUACACUUCGUUGGAUCAACCGCAUUACAUGAUGUCGAGGAGUAUUCGAACGCCGGGUCGUGGGGUAGAUCCGUCUGCUGGCCCUGGGUUGAGAGGAAGUCGCAGUCACGAUUCGCUAGGGAGCAGCGGUGUUGGUUAUGGUGUUGCCAUGCAUGCAAGGGAUUCGCCUGAAUCCAACCAUCUGGAACCCCUGCCGGAAGCCGACGAGAACAGACGAUCGUUUCGUGACAGUCGUAAUGGCGUCGACCAUGGGGUGAAUAACGGACUGGGAAUCUAUAGGCCAUCAUCGAGGACAUCCGACCUGCGCGAGCAGAUGAGCACUCUCAAAGGCAAAAUAUCGACUCUGAAAGAACGGGCGCGGGAGGAUAGUCUCAGAAGACAGAGCCAGCUAAGUUUGCGAAACUCUUCGCCAUUUAACAAUGCCGUGGGCACCGCACCGGAACUGUUCUACACGUCCUCAUCGAGCUAUGGCAGUCCAGUGCUUGAUGCAAAUGCUCGUGUGGGUUGGGCGUCCAACAGCAAUAGUCCAGCCUCGCCGCAAAAGAUGUGGGAGAAUGGCGUUCCCGUCACAGGGAGUCGGAAUGCUUUCGCAGAACAAGCAGCAGCGCAGAAGCAGACCGGCCUCCAGCAAGCGCGCAUCGUGGAGAUUGUGGCACCAAAGACCCCUGAUUCCAAGUUCCAGGUUCGAAAAGCGAAGAAUGUCGAACCGAUGCCUCCAAUAACACACCGAAGGACACCCAGCGGUACUGCCAUCAUCGACUCCGCCAAGAACAGGUAUUCGCAUCAUCAACAUAAGAAUAGUCAAGAAAUGCCUGGUACAUUCGUGGAUGAAGACAGUUAUCUGGACGUUCCAUCUCCCGGCCUAUCUACGGAUCUCUCCGACUCAUCACCGAUCUCUUCUCAAUCUUCACACGUAGACGACGACUACGCCCCAUCAGAAGACGAGGCUAGUGUCUAUGAAGACGCCCAGCACGACCAGAACGACCAAAAACCAGUCGUGGCUCAUGAAGAUCGCGAGGAUGCUUUUGAUUACGAACAUUGCUUCCUGCACAGCGCCAUGGGUACAUACAGCAACGGCAGACGGGGUUCAGAAUCCAGUGGAGCUUCAGUGUCAUCGGUCUCGACAGCUAGGGGUCCAGCAUUGGUUGGAGAUGAGGAUGAAGAUGCUUUCAGGCAGGAGUCAGAGCUCUUUCCACCACCGACACCAGAGACUCCUGAAAAGCUGAGGGAGAUCGAACGCAACCUGCACAAAAGGACCAUGUCUGAUGAGAGCAUCAGCACGCUGGACACUUACGCGACCGCAGACGAAGAUCAUGACGAAGGUCCCGUCUUGCCGAUGGAAGAACCUUCAAGGAGAAUCAGCACCUUCAGUCGACGAGACGUGUCUCCCCUGGAAAGUGAUCUUGCAAACAACCCUCGCUCAGCUCCCCAGCCUCCUCCUUCCCAGCCAAACUCGCGACCCUCAACAGCCGUCAAACACCACCCCCGUCGCGACAGCGGCUCCGAGCGCGCAGACUCCGGCGUCGGCGGCAUCUCCCACCGCCCAACGCCCAGCACAGACAGCCAGCGCGCACCACCGGGCUCCCUAACCCCGAAACAAUCCCGCUCUCUCGGCACGGCGCUCAGCACCCCACCGACCUCCCCUCGCGCCCUGGCCCGUCAGGACCCCGCGACUGUGGCCGUGAACGCCCUGCUGGAUCCGAGCGGCAAGGCGCUGGGUCUGAGGAAUAAGGCCGUGCUGUUUAGUGUUGUGGAGGGUCUGAGGAAGGUCGUGCAUCAGCUUCAGAGUGAGGAGGAUGCGGAUCCGCGGAGUCGGGUGUUGAGGAAGAGGUUGGAGGAUGUUAGGGCGGUGCUUGAUGGGAAGGGGGUGGUGGGUUUGUGA